AUGGGUGAGCCAGCCCACCAUGGAGCCCAAGCAUGCUCUGGCACCAACCCCAGGAAGUGUCAGGACUUAGGAGACUCAAUUCUUCUGAUUCUGGGCAGCUUCAUCUUGCUCAACGUGGGGAUCAACGUGGUGACUCUGCUCUGGAGGCAUCUGAAGAACUCCUUACGGAUUAUUUUCCGUCAUUUUUUCCCCAGAGCAGUCAAGAACCUAUGCUCAAGAGUCUCUUCCCGCUUUCAUCGUCACCCCAGCUUCCUGCUCAGGCGCACUAAUCACCUCGAAUCCUGGGAACCAGACAGGAACGAUGAGAAAAUUUCUAGGUGCUGUUGGAUACCACCUCAAUGUGUAUAUGCUGGGGCUCCUACACAGGCUCCCUGGGGACUAUGGAAAGAUGGGAUGAUGGGAACUGGAGAGGCCCUUCGGGUAACAAACUUGAAAGACCAGGCAUCUUCAAACGCCAGGCCAGAGAUUUCUUCCCAAUUCCUGAAGAUGAACAAGUUGGACAUGGUUCCACCUUAUUUACCUCAAGACAGCAAAACUAAAGGCCCAGACUGUGCCCCAAACUCUGCCCCUGCCCAACCUUACUCCUUAACCCACCGCUCUGAGCAAACCACCACCCAGUCUCAGACCCACACUCCAGAGCACACCCCUUCCCAGGUGGAGGGUCUUCCGCACACAGCCCAUCCCCCACCCACCCAUGCCCCAGUCUGUAUCCCAGAACCUACCCCACCCCACUGUGAUGCCCAUGCCCCAGCCCCUAUUCUGACUGAUGCUCCAGCCCCACCUACUCCAACUCAUGCCUCAGUCCAUGCUCCACCUCCCACCCCAGACCAUGCUCAUUGCCAACCCCCCACUGCAACUCCUGCUGCAACUCAAGAACAGACUAAUACCCUAGCCCCUCUUCCAACCCAGGUUCCUGCCCCUACCCCAGCCAAGGCGCCGUCCCCUACCCCAUCCCAGGCCCCAGCCCAAAGUCCUGCCACAGCCCAGGUCCCUGCAUAUGUCCCAAUCUACUCCCAGGGCCAUAACCCAAUCUAUACCCCAGUUCCGACCUGGGCCCACUCCCAAAGUCAUAUCCCAGAGAAGACAUCAACCCAAGUCCCAGUGCAUGGACAGUCUCAUCCCAUUCAUUCCCAUGCUCAUACCCUAGCCCCCGCACCAACCUCUGCCCAGAUCUCUCCCUUAAUCUCUAUCCCAGCCCCAACCCCAGUCUGCACCUCAACCUCUACCCUAAAGCCUUUCCUCACUUUUGCCCUAGCCACUCCUCCUGUCCUAACCUCUACCUCAGCCAGUAGCUCAGCACUGACCAGGGGCAUGACGACCACUCCAGCCCCUACACCUGUCUCUGCCACCCCCCCUAACCCCAACCUAACUCAGAUUCCUUCCACCUUGCCUACUUUUGGCUCUAGCUUCUCCACUGGUCAUGUAGUAUAUGAUGCCCGCAGGGCAAAGCAGAACAUGAUCCAUAAAUGUGAUCCCCAGAAUUCUGGGUAUUCUAGAAAGGACUUGGGUACCAUCUCCAGGCCCCAAGAGAAGCAGGGCCUGGUAAAUUCUGAUACAUCUGAGAAGACAACAAAGCAACAUGGUGGAGAGAGCACUGAGCCUCCUUCAGGAUCUAUACUGGGCUACCUGGAGUUGGGGAACAUGGAGUGGAAGAUCUCAGAAGACGCCAAAGACAAGUCUUGCCAGCUCAAGACCUUCCCUUACUGCAGCUUCCAUCCUUGCAGUUCUGAGAAGAAAGACGCAGAAGCGCAGGCUCCAGUCUACCCCAAGUUCCUGGUUUUCACCCAAGAUGCUGCUUCUUCAAAACCUUGCUUGCAUUCUCCAAGCACUCCCCAGGGCUCCAUGUCCACCAUCCCUCCACCGUGUACACUUUCUCUGCCACUUGUUCCUCCCAGAACCUUUGUCCUUCCUCAAUCCAGCAACCACCAGAAGCCCUCCAACGUAACCCAAACUCCAACCUCCAAGCCAUCUCCAUCUGUCCCUGCUUCCCACUUCCCUAUUCCUCCCCAGUUCUCCACCAAUCCCCAGCCCUUGGUCCAAUCCCAAUGUUCUGAGAGUAAAAGCAUUAUCCAAAAUCAUGGCUUUUCAGAAGACUCCAGAGUUCCCAGAAACCCAGGCCUUACUCAGAAUCAAAACCUCCACAAGAAGCCAGGCCUUGCUCGAGAUCCUUACCUUUGCAAAAAUCCAGUUCCUUCCCAGGACUCUGGGCUUCACACAAAUCCAGAUACUACUCAAGAUUCUUGCCUCCCACAGGGGCUAGGUCUUACUCAGAAUUCUGGUAUCUUUAAUACUCCAUGUCAUACCCAACCCUCUGGUCUCUACAAGAACAUAACAGUUACCCAAACUUCUGGACUUCAAGGGAGUCGGGGCUAUAUGCAAGAUUCUAGGGACUACAGAAAGGCUGGAUUAAAGCAAGACACAGCAAUCUACAAAAGUCAAGAUCUCUCCCCAGCAACUGACCCUAAAAAGCCAGGUCAUUCUCAAGAUUCUGUAGGUUAUAAACAGGCAGGCAAUGUCCAAGACCCAGGAGUCUAUAAGAACAUAGGCCAUAGCCAAGAUUCUAGACCACAAAAGACCUCAGGCCUUACCCAAGACUCUGAAGUCAACAAGAGCUCAGAACUUACCCAAGAAUCUGGUCCCCACAAGAUCCCAGGCUUUAUCAAAAGGUCUUGCUUCCAUCAGGGCUCAAAACCCACCCAAGACUCAGGGGAUUACAAGAAUCCAGUCCUUACUCAAGAUCCGGGAUUCUACGGGAUUCCAGGUCUUACCCAUGAUUCCAAUUGCAACCGGAGUGUGGACUUGAUGCAAGCCACUGAAGUUGAGAAAAGACUGAACUUUGUUCAAGACGGUGGAAUUUAUAGGGACCUACAGCAUAGCCAAAACUCUAACCUCCACAAAUGUUCAGAAAUGAAUAAAUGUCCUAGUCUUCCUAGGGACCCAGCAUGUGUUCAAGAUCCUGGCCUCCCCCAGGCUCUAGGCCUUACUCAGAAAGCAGGUCUCCACAGAGAUUCAUGCCUUGUCCCAGAUCCUGGGCUCCACAAAAACCAAAGCUGCCUUCCAGGUACCAAUUCUGCCCAAGUUUUGAGUGUACAUCAGACUCCAAAGCCAAUACCCUCCUCAAAGAAGCCAUGUGCAUAUGAGAUGCCUCUUCAGAAGGAGGAAGCAGAACAGCAUGUAUCCUGGUCUGUUCCAGACCAUCAAAAUCCUUGCCCUUCCAAGGCCCAGGCCAUCUCCACUAACCUGCAAACCUUUUCUGAGGUACCUGUACUAGUUGAGGUGAAGCCAUCAUCUUGGCGGACAGGCAGCCAAGAUUGGGUAUACCAUCCUAUGGGUACAGUUCCUUCAGCCUACCAGAACUAUCGCCGGACGUCUGUGCCUCCAAAAAACAACUGGAGGCCCCAUUGCCCUGGACCAGGCACCCGAGCAGGGCAUGUGGUCUUUGAUGCCCGCCAAAAACACAUAGCAGUGGGCAGGGAUAAAUGUGAAGCUCUAUCUCCCAGGCGCUUUUACCAAGAGGUACCCAGCAACUCAGGAGAGACUCUCAAGGAGUGGGGAUAUCAGAAUGUGAUGAGGACCUUGCAUAAAGAGGGGGCAAAUGUUCGUCAGAAAUAA